AUGCCUUACACAAGUAGAAAGAAGGGAAGUAGAUUGGCCAAAUCUGUGUCCCAGGAUGAGAGUGGGGGAAGCGAAGAGCACCAUCCAGGCGGUGGAGGGGGUAUCCCCACCAGCUUCCCCUCCAGCACACAUCAGACGCUCAGCAAUGCUACAUCGAUCAACUCUCUAGCAACAGACACAGUUGGGCCUUCACUGGCGCACACCCCUGAUUCGCUAGACACCAAAAUAGAAUGUCUGCUGAGAGAUUGGCACCAUAGUCCCGAUCUCCUCUUCGCUAUACAUCCGAUUGACGGCAGUUUCCUCAUCUGGGUAGUGGAGUGGCUAGACGAGUAUCACCCGGGGUCCUUCAGACAAGCGCAGGUCUCGUUUUCGACGCGCAUUCCGUCGGCCUUCCCCCUGGGAGACGCCAUGACCAUGUCCAACAAUGUCUGUCUCUAUCACACGUCUCCCUGUCAUCUGCAGCUGGUCUUCAGGGAUGUCGUCAAAACUGCCAAGCCAAACAAAUCACCCAAUGGAGGCGGUAGUGAAGGAGGAGAACCCACCACUCCCCUCCCUUCAGUUGUAGAGGAGGAGACGGUAGCAGGGGGUGAUGAUGAUGAGGCGGAAGAGGAGGAGAAGAAACCAGGGGGCCCAGGGGGUCACAGUGCCGCCCAGGGAGGCACAGACAACGAUAUGCUGAGUGCGCCUCCUUCACCAACUCUAUCAAUGGUCACCAAACAUAGUAACGGCACACUGAAUCUCUGGCAGUUGACUUUUGCUGAUAAGACCAAGUUCUCUCAGGUGCUAAGCAUAGGCCACGCAUCGCGCGCCUCUGGUCACAGAUUCCGAGUCAACGACAUAACCUGUCAUCCAGUGUUGCCGCUUCUACUCAGCACCUCCCACCACAAUCUGCCAGAAAGCAGCUCUGGCCAAUCACAGCCUUCUCCCACUCAGCCUAUCUCGCCCACUGGCCAAUUGGGACAGUCUGUGGACCCGACCGGGUUCUGCAGCGAGCUGAUCCUAUGGCGUGUGGACGCAGUCGGUCCCCUGUCGAAAUCCGGCGGAGUCAGCGAAUUGGCUCGUAUCAAUUCCCCCCACCUGUCUGCCUUCUCCAAUGUGGCCUGGAUACCGACCCUUCUUCCCUCCACCACGCUGGGUCAACUCUCCAAUUCACCCAGUGCUUGUUUUGUGGCUUCUGACGGCGAGAGUCUUAGGGUUAUAGGUUAG